AUGACCGGCGCGCUGCAUGCCGGGCCGGCAAGAUGGCAGCGUGGUUCUAGAUCUCUCCCCGCCGGCUCGAGCGACAGCAUGAAGACGUUCUGCAGCAGAGCGAAUCCCACCACUGGGGCCACCGAGCGGGAGGAGGAAGACGAGGACUAUGACUACCACCAGGAGAUAGCACGGUCAUCUUAUGCAGAUAUGCUACAUGACAAAGACAGGAAUGAGAAGUACUACAGUGGAAUUCGGGCAGCAGUCCGCAGGGUGAAGGAACGAGGUCAGAGGGCGAUUGUCCUGGAUAUUGGAACUGGGACAGGGCUGUUAUCCAUGAUGGCAGCAAGAGCUGGCGCCGAUUUAUGUUUUGCAGUUGAGGUUUUUAAGCCAAUGGCUGAUGUUGCUGUAAAGAUUGUGGAUAGAAAUGGAUACAGUGGAAAAAUUAAAGUCAUCAACAAACAUUCAACUGAGGUAACAGUGGGGCCAGAUGGUGACAUGUCAUGCCGAGCUAACAUCCUGGUCACGGAGCUGUUUGAUACGGAGCUUAUUGGCGAGGGGGCACUGCCAAGUUACGAGCAUGCUCACAAAUACCUUGUCCAGGAUGAAUGUGAAGCUGUUCCACACAGAGCCACCGUUUAUGCACAGCUGGUGGAAUCAGAGCGGAUGUGGGCCUGGAACAAAUUGCUGCCAAUUCACAUCGGAAUGGAGGACAGAAAUGAUAAGGUUAUUUUACCAACAAAGGACAUGGACAUGUGUGCAGGGUGCCCAUGCGUCUAUGACAUUCAGCUCAAUCAAGUGAACCGAAACCACUUCACCACCCUUACAGAGGUUACAGAGAUCUUCAGUGUGGAUUUCAGUAAAGCAGUGAGUAGUUCUCCAGCCCAGCACACUUUGCAGGUCCAAGCAACUGGCAGUGGGCAAGCCCAUGUUGUACUGUCCUGGUGGGACAUGGAAAUGGACCCUGAAGGAACCAUCAGAUGUACUAUGGCACCAUACUGGGCACAUCCGACUCCAAAUAGUAUUCAGUGGCGGGAUCAUUGGAUGCAGUGUGUGUACUUCCUACCCCAGGAGAUACCCGUUCAAGAAGGGGAAUGUCUGCGUAUUUCAGCCAUGCAUGAUGAUUACUCUUUGUGGUAUAAAUUACAGCGUCGCAGCGAUGAGCGUGAAGCUGAAGUGCUGAGCGAACGCCCUCUGUGCUCCUGUCAGGCCCAUCUCAUGUGUAAUAGGCAGCGAUUUGGAGAGCUAAAUGACCAACAAAGGAACAACACCUACAUCAAGGCCCUGAAAACAAUUCUGAAGCCAGACGCCGUGUGCAUGACUAUCGGCGAUGGAAGCCUGCUCUCUAUCUUCGCUCAUUUGCUGGGUGCUGCACAGGUUUAUAGUCUAGAGAUUUCUGCCAUGUCAAGACGCGUAAUGGGGAAGAUUUUAGCUGGUAAUGGAUUGACUGGAAAGGUGAUAGUUUCUGACAAAAGUCCGGAGCAGCUAACACCUGUGGACCUAGAUAACAACCAGAUAUCAGUUCUGAUCGGGGAGCCAUUCUUCACCACCAGCCUUUUACCUUGGCACAACCUUUACUUCUGGUACGCGCGGACCUAUCUGGCUAAGCACCUGGGUAAUCAAUUCACUGUGCUGCCGCAGUCUGCCACACUGUUUGCGAUGGCCGUUGAGUUUGAGGACCUCUGGCACAUCCGUGCACCCUGCAGGGAAUGUGAAGGCUUUGAUGUCAACCUUAUGGAUGAGAUGGUACAGAAUUCCUUGAAUUUCCGGGAGAGUCAGGAGGCCGAGCCUCAUCCUCUUUGGGAAUAUCCCUGCAGAGCACUCAGUGACCCAUGCCAGGUCCUCGUCUUUGAUUUUUACCGUGAGGUACCAGUGCAGUCAAUCUGCUCGGCCGGCUCGAUGCAGCUCUUGAGAUCUGGCACUUGUCAUGGAGUAGUGCUUUGGAUGGACUAUUGCCUAACCAAAGACAUCAUUGUCUCCACGGGGUUAACCAGGUUUCAUUCUGAUAUGGGUGACUGUGAGUGGAAUCCACACAACAAGCAGGGUGUUUACUUCCUCCGCUCGGAGGCCAGUCAGGAGAAUUUGACAAACAAACAGAGUUCCAUUGCCUACAGCGUGACUUUCCACCCAAGAAACGGUGAACUAGCCAUGGAUUUCCAGCUGUGCCUGUAAUCAGCAGGAGUGUGUGAAGGACAAGUAUCCUUGUGAGGUCAGUAACCGGAAAACUGGCUGUCCUGCAGAGCAACAGCCACUGAAUCUGGGCCCGGAUAUUGUUCUUGUGAAUGCGCAGAUCCACACCAACUGGGAGAUGAAGAACUGAGUCCACCUAUAUGAAUUCGAAGGAAGAAUAAGCAGAUAUGUUUUAUUGAGACAUUGUUGGUACACUAAAGUGCUUUCUGUGUAGACAGUUACUGGGAAAAGAGGAUGGGCCCAGUACAUAUCCUACCUGUCCCAGCUUUGACUCUCUCAUCUCUGAGUGCCAAAGGUGUGAAAUCGAACCAAACCAGGGCUGGAGCACGCAAUCUGGGAUGUUGUGGGUGGUUGUUUGGAGACAGUGAUGCAUUUUUGUCCCUAUCAUCUGGGGGAUGAGAUGUUAAAACGAGACACCAUUUGCCUGCUUGUGGAUGUUUAACAAUCUCUUGGUAUUGAACGGAUAUGGUCAGCUCGACUAGUUCCUUCAAUCACAUUCAUCCCUCAACAAAUACUCCCAAAACAAUUAGAAAAUUAUUUGUAUAAUCAAUUUAUGGUAUCUUAUGUGCAUGUAGGCUGCUGUCGAAAUGGCAACAACUCAAAGCUAACUUGUUACCAUGAAAGAACAUGUAUAAAUUUCUUCUUCUUUGACACAAAUUCCAGCUUUCACGACUUAUCUCUGUGCUUUUAAGUACUUAACAUUCAGUCUUCAUUGUGUAAAGUCAGUGUUUUACCUUGCUCCUAACUUGUGGUUUCAAAUAUUACAAGAUUUACUUUACUUCUAAAGGAGACUAAUGGAUUUUGCAAACUUCUCUUUGUUAAUAUCAUUUUAUAAAUCUCCAUCCCUGUUUUACCAAUUCAUAUUCAUACAUGUAUGUAAGCUGGAGAUCAGUUGUGGUAUCCCAUAUUAUACUUGUACAGAGCUGCAGUCACUCCACAUAACUUGACCUGUAAUCCACAGGUGUAACUCAAUUUCAUUUCACAUGUGUUUUGCUUCUUUUACUUUCUUUAAUUGUCAGACUAGUUCAGCACAGCUGAAUUUGUCUUUGAGUCAAACUAGUGAAUUCAGUGCAGAAUGAGUUUAGUGUUACUGGAGGUUUUGUUAAAUGAAUACAUAAUAGCAAAUGUUUUAGUGAGAUGAGAACCCCUUACCAGAGUGCAGGCUUUCAUUCCCUUUCUCUUUAUACUGGAGAUUGAAAGCUAUUUCUCCCCAAACAUUGAAUUGCCCUUUGCUUGGUAAAAGAAUGGUGGAUGUAUUUAUAUGUGUUAUUCUGUUGAAUACUACUGAUAAUGUGUGCAACCUUGGUUAAAAAAGGAUUUGUGUAUGUUGUCUCUAUUGGCUCUUUGAUAUCCUUUAUUGGCAUUAUUCAUCUUGUAGCAUAUCAAUCUGUCAAGAACCAGCUCCUAGCAGGAGUUGCAAUGAUCAUCUGUGUUUUACUGAUGAGUAUAAUCCUAGGGUAUGCUUGAGGAUGUCAGGCCAUGUCAUUCACAUUCCUGAUGCCAAAUUCCUGAAGUAAACACAGUAUUUUGAGUGUUGCAUGGAAAGCUUACCAGGUUGACGGAAGCAAAGGAACAAGUAUCUGCUGAAUGCUGCUUUGAUGAAUUGCAACAACCACACAGACUACCAUGUUGCUGGCCCACAGCUAUUCAAAGUGGAAAAAGCAUUUGGGCCGACAUUGAGAACCAUCGUUGGGAACACAUAGAAACACCGCAUGAAUGCAGAAGGAGCAAAACCAUCUACCCAUCUAUCUGCCACAAGUGUGAAAGAGUCUAUGAUUCCCACAUUCACCUUGACAUCCACCUUAGAACUAAUAAAAUCAGAGUGGAAACAAGUUAUCCUCAACCUUCAGAUGGCGCCUUAAGAAGAAUCAUCCCAGACUGCUGUGUCAGUAACUAUGGUCAGCAUAAAGUCACUCUGGCUUUAUGAUACUUAUCAUUUUGUCAUUUUUGCUGCAUUAUUUAAUAAACGUCAGGAGAUAUAUAGAU